AUGUGGGUGUCGCAAAAAAUAUUGGAUAAUUUGGAGGUAUGCCGGAGCGAGGUGGCGCGGUCGGUUCUAGAUUCAAGGCCACGGCCGUUGCUCCCCAGUCCUGCCGAAGCCUCCACUUAUUACCUUCCCGAGAUAGAACGCGACCAUGGCAUUGGUUGGGGUGUUUUGUCCCGCUCGCACGCAGUUCAUUCACCCGAGCGAGUGCGGAAGAAGCGCAGGCGGCGGUACAGACCGCAGGCAACCAAGGAAGGCUCCGACCAUGAACCGAGCCACACUUAUCAGUUAGACGGAGCUAUUGGUGCGCUACGCCGCCUCCACUCAACUCCACGAUGUACUAACGCGCCUAACUUAGACUGA